AGUUUUCAUUUUCUGUAUUUGUUCAAUUCAAGGAAAUCCCCAAAGCGCUCUGUGAUUCAGAAUUAAACGUUGUUGAAGAAGAUGGCCAUGGAGUUAGGGUUUUAAUGGAUUGGACUGAAAUGAAAAUAUUGAGAGAUUGGGGGGCUGGAUUGUAAAUAAAAUUGGGGUAAAAGGGCAGAGUGGGGAACUGAACAAAUCUGAAAACCGUCGAACAGUUAUAUGAUUUCGAGCUUGGGAGGAAGACAGCCAUGGCGAUUUCUCCACCUGCGUCGAUUCUGCAGUGGGUUAUUGAGCUGAUGCCUCUCUGGGUCGUCAUUCUCAUCGUCGCCCACGUCGUCGCUCUGGGUUACUUGAUUUACAGAUUAGCAACUGAGAAGAAUCCUCUGAGGACGAAGAAGCAGUAGCAGAGAGACGAAACAAAAAAAACCCUAAAAAAGAGGGAAGGGGAGAUAUGCUUCUUCACUCUGGCAUUUCAGCGAACAGAUGGUGGGCGCCGAUUCGAAAGCCAAUUCUCUCUGCUUUGUUCUAUUGUUCGUCUGUAUCAUCUGACCAGCUCAAUUCAGUUUCUUCGCUCAAAUCCUUGGAUGAAGAUUGCAUAGAUUUUCUCCCAUGGCUGGAGCACAAGGCUGGGUCAGAAAUUUCCUCUGUACUCUCAAUUGGAAAAUCCUGCCAUGGAAGGACAUUACAUGCUUCCAAGCAAAUACAACCAGGAGAAUGCUUGUUGAAGGUGCCCUAUACUGUGCAGCUAAGCCCCGAAAAUCUCCGAUCCGAAGUGGCAUCUUUGUUAGGAGAUGAAAUCGGCAAUGUAGCAAAAGUUGCUAUACUAAUUCUGCAGGAAAAAAGGUUGGGGCGAAGUUCCGAAUGGGCACCUUACAUAAGUCGUCUUCCUCGUCGCAAUGAUCUGCACAGCACAAUAUUCUGGAGUGACGAUGAACUGGAGAUGAUUCGACCGAGUGCUCUGUACAAAGAAACUCUCCGGCAAAAGGCUGAAAUCGAAAAUAAUUUCAAGAAUGUAAAGCAGGCUGUUGAUCAGGUCCCUGAUCUGUUUAAAACCAUGACGAUUGAGGAGUUCAGCUACGCAUACGGUUUAGUUACGUCGCGUGCGUGGGAAAGCUCUAAGGGUGUGUCGCUGAUCCCGUUUGCGGAUUUUCUUAAUCACGAUGGUGAUUCAGAGGCUUAUGUUUUGAGUAAUGAAAGCAAACUGCAUUCGGAGGUUAUAGCUGAUCAAGAAAUUGCUCGUGGCGACGAGGUCAUGAUAAGAUACGGGAAAUUCUCCAACGCUACUCUACUGCUCGAUUUUGGUUUUACGGUUUCCUGCAACAAGUAUGAUCAGGCCCGGCUCGAGCUUACCAUACCCGAGCAUGAUGCAUUGUAUGCGCAGAAGUUGGAACUUCUUGAUAAUCAUCGUACGCGUACUCCUAACGAUGUCAAUGAGUUUUCGGGUUUAUUGAAUUCUUUCACGAUCAAGGAAGUGCGACGUGGAAGUAAAAAGGGGAAGGGAAUCCCGCAAUCACUGCGAGCAUUUGCUCGGGUGAUGACUUGUGAUUCAGAGGAAGAAUUGAUUGUUUUAGCGCGACAAGCUGCAAAAUGUGAUGGUCGAUUGGCUCGGCAUCCUUUAGGGGACAAGAACCGGGAGGUUUCCGCGCAUCAAUUUUUGCUGUCGGAAAUACAACGAUUGAUCGAAGUGCAUAGCAAAUACGUCGAACCUCUGAUGGAUGCUCCUCCCUACCUUUUAAGGAGACGAUUAGCCCGAGAUCUCCUUAGCGGCGAGCUUCGUGUUCUGAAAUCUGCGUCGUCGUGGCUGGAGAGCUAUUGUUCGACUCUUUGCAGGUAGAUGAACUCUCCCAAUCUUCAUCGAAUUCUUGUGUACAUUAUUUUAUUUUUUUUAUGAUUUAUUACAUGAUAAUUGGCUGUUGUGUCGUUUUAGUUUUUUCUAACAGAUUUCAUUGCAUUGCUUGUUUCUUCCUUUUGAUUGAUCAAUUAACCUGCCAUUGAUGCCAAAUGAUCUUGUUGAACAUUGUACCCGCGUCAUGUGACUCAAUGGAAAAAUCGCAUUUCUCAAAAUGAGGAAAGCGUGUUUCUGUUUUAGCGGCUUUUCAAGAGCUCACAAACUGUACAAAUAUCUUUGCCCCGUAUCAACUAAUGAAAAAAUUAUGAGGCACUGAUCCUA